GUGUUGUGGAACUGAUGCAAGUCUUCGUCGAACGCGAGCGAAUCGAAUCCCAAAACGGUCAUAAACGGGUGCGGACGGACGGAUUGACGAACGGUCGUAACGCAAAAGAACGGUGCAGGGCUCCGUCCGAUUGCCCCUUACAGGUUGCGUGAACCCGAAAUUGGUGGUCAUUUAGGGCCGCUUUCUUCGCGGGAUUGUCCCAAGUUCUGCGUGAUGAAUCUGUAAUCACUGUAGGUAUAGUGAAUGGAAUUCGUCAACGGUUCGCGCUGUGAUUCAGAACAUCAUUGGCCGCGAUAGGUAUACCUAGGUGGGUCAAGUGAGUGAGCGAGUGAGUGACGACGUGGAAAGCCACGGUUUCUCAACAGAAAAGGCCGUUGGAUCUAGCAGCAGCGGUGUACGACGACUCAAGGCGUUCUCGAAUCUCCGAGGUAUGGAUGAAGUGGCAAACGAAGUGUAGAUGGAAGAAGUGUGUUGGUGGAAUAUAGAGAGGAAUGAAGAAUGAUAAUAAAAGUCCAUUGUGUCAAUACGUUUGAGUCGAAGAAAGCGAGAAGAAGCCGACUAAGACGAAGAAGAAUCGCUGGAAGGUGAGAUUAAAAGCGGUGUGCAUAAGAAUUUGAAGAAAGGAAGUUUUCUUUGUGUAUGGUUUGUUCGUUGACCGGAGUAGGCUGUGCUGUGUACGGGGUGGAGAAAGAGAGCCUGUUUUAAAGUGCUUGCUUGGAUCGGGAAGCUCUUCGUGUGGUGGUGGUGCCUGGAGGAGCACACCUAGUUAGUCAGUGUCUGUAUUAGUGGCUAGUUGCUACGGAAGGUGUGCGUGUGGAAACGAUCAGAAGAUCAAAGCAUAACAGUCUACGUGGAUCGGUGGAGUUGCUGAAUGCUGGCUGCUGUUUGCGACAACAUUCCGGGCGGCUGCUGAAAGCUGUGCUGCUACCUCUCAAGGUCUCCUAUGAGCGAGCAGUUGUCCCCUCAUCCCAACCACAUUCGUAUCGUCAUCAUCAACCACUCGCAGCAGCAACAGUAGCAUCGUCACUUGGAAGUGGGCCGUGUAAUAAAACCAAGUUGUGAGCGAUCAAAAUCUAUGAAGCAACGAUGUGAUAACAACCCGAAAAAGGAAAUAGCGAAACCGGAAUAAGAAUUAAGUGAUUAAAGUGCCUUUUCCCCCUUCAGAGUAACCAAACGACCAAAAGUUUAAAACUAGUGAAGGUAGCUCAACCGGUCAGGUGUGUGUGAUAAACCGCAGAAAAAAAAAAUAAGCAGAAAAUAUAUAGUUCCUGUUUUAUUUUAAUCCGUCUCAGAAGUGUUUCGAGACAGGCAGAGAGUGAGAACCGUUUUCCGGUCAACGACGCCGGCCUAACAACUGCGGUGGAAGCUAAAAGUGGAGACGAAGUUAGUGAGAAUAUUUGCGGUUCCGUCUCGAGUCAGGGAAUUAUCCGCUGUUUUGCCAUCAUCGAACCCUCUGGUGGAUUACAUUUGCAGACAGUCGUCGCCGGUGUGCUCGACACGAAAACGUUCAAUUAAGAUAUCGAUACAUUGAGGUGACUCAAUUGCAUCGACAAUCAAAACCGUCCAGUACCGAGUAUUCGAACGAAAACCUUUCGUGACAAUUCCCCAGAACAUUCGUCCAUCGACAGAUAAGAACAGCCAUUUCUAAUGACACGAAGGUCGACUCGAAGGAACCACCACCGGUAGUGUGCAACUGUGUGCCUUAUCUGUCCGGGUGGUGCGUGACGGGGCUUUUACCAUGAUAGAUGCCGGUAGUCGUCGCCAUUCUAGGAAAACAGCAGCUGCUAGUAUUAUCACCUCGAUUAACCUAAGGCCUAGCGCAGCUAGUGAACCCGAAGCAGCGACCGAGUAAUCUCGGUGACUGCAAGAAGCAACAGAGAAUCAGUUUUAUUUCCAUUAGGAAAGAUCUACAGUUUUUUUUAGUAAUAAUACGUAAGAGCUUAGUACGUAGCUUUAGUCACAAAAAUGAAUAGGUUAGUGAUAGUAAGUCUAGUAUACCUAGCCGCGUCGGUUAUAACGACACAUUCAGAUGAUAACUUCUACAGUAGAGGGGACGGUCGAAGUAGCAAUCGAAUCGACUAUCGGGAAGUUUUCAGCUUAAACCGACAACGACGAAGUUUGUACGACGAUUCAUAUGACGUUGACAAUCGACUGAGUAAUUUGGCGUCAGUGGCGAACAGUCCUCGUUCAUUUCGGGCGGUCGACAAUCGGAAACCGGUGUUUGUGAACUGUGAAGGUUAUGCACCUUCGGUGCAGGAAGAACGAGACCCAGGAACGUACGUAAUUCAAGUCACUGCUACGGAUCCGGAUGAUCAUCAGAAGAUAGCGUACAGUUUUGUGACAGCUCCGGGCGAGCGGCCGAAGUUCCGGAUUGACAAGAAUACCGGGUUAAUAACUACCAUUCAUCGAUUCGAUCGCGAUGAGCCGAUCCGCGAGAAAGAAGUCUACAUCACGGUUCGAGCCACGGAUGAUGGACUGCCGAACUUGGACGACGUUUGUACGUUCAAGGUGACGAUCGAAGACAUCAAUGACAACCCGCCGGUAUUCGACAAGACCCGAUACGAUGAACCCAUCACCAAGGACGCCAAGGUGGGAUUCAGGGUAGCAUCGAUCUCCGCUACCGAUUUGGAUGAUGGAGAAAACAGUGUUAUCAAAUACGAAAUCUUGAAGAAGCAGAGCGAUCACAGUCACUUCAGAAUAAACGAAAACAACGGUAUCAUUACGUUAGCCAAAUCAAUCGACAAAAGUCCCGGUCAGUACUACUUGAUCUUCGUAAGGGCUUACAACAAUGUCCCCGAUAUGCCACAGGACGCUGAGGUUGAGGUCAAAAUACCUGUGAUCGAAUCCAACAAGCUCCCGCCAUACUUUACCGAGACGCAGCUGCAACCGAUAUCCUUGGAUGAGAACUUCAGUAACUACAGUGCAGCCUUGGCCACUUUACGAGCGAACUCCCGUGUACCUGGCAAGCCCGAGCUAAUUUUCGAGUUGAUCACCGGUCGUACCGAACAAACCAAUAGCCGAAAUACGUUCCUAUUGGAACAGAAGGGAGACACUGCCGUCGUAUUGCUCGGAAAGGCUCUCGACUACGAAACCAUCACCGAGUAUACGCUAACUGUGAGUGUCAAAAAUACGCACGACCUUAUCGCUCAAAGCAUCGUUAAGAUCAAGGUUCUGGAUGUCAACGACAACAUCCCGUACUUUACGGAGGUAACAUCCGGCUGGAUUCCGGAAAAUGAACCCGCGGGAACCCCCGUAAUGCAGGUCCGUGCCUUCGAUAUGGACGGAACACCCGCCAACAACAUCGUAUCGUUCCGUUUGGCAGACAACGAAGAGUACUUCUCCAUCGACUACAACACGGGUAACAUCACGGCGCUGACGACGUUCGAUCGUGAAGCCACCGAUACGUACCAUCUGAAGAUCAUCGCGGAAGAUAACUCUCCGUCGGCGCUGUACAACAACGGCAAGCCCAAUUCCAUUUCGCAGACGUUCAUCAUCAAGAUUUCCGAUAAGAACGAUCACCCGCCCAAAUUCACCAAGGACUACUACAUCGCGGAGAAGAUCCCCGAGGAUGCCAACACCAACACGGUGGUUAUCCAAGUGCUGGCACUGGAUGUCGAUACGGCCUCGCAGAUCACGUACUCGAUCGUGUCCGGCAACAUUGGCAACGCGUUCAAGAUCGACGAAACGACCGGUGCCAUCUCGGUGAACAACGAGUUGGAUUACGAGAAUAUUACGGAGUAUACGCUGCAGGUGCGGGCGUUCGACGGAACGUACGACGACAAUGCGACGGUUUCGAUCAAAGUUGAGAAUGUAAACGACAACCUCCCGAAGUUUGCGCAGAACGAGUACAGCUUGGAAAUCGACGAAGAGAAGAUCAUGGAUGGAUGUAUCGUGACCAUCGAAGCGUGGGAUCCGGAUAUUCGGGAUCGAUCUGAUCCGCAGCACAUCAAGUUCGCCAUUGUCAAGGUUGAGCAGCGCCCGCUGUUGGAGAUCGACGACGAAGGAUGUUUGAGACAGAAGGCUCCGUUGGAUCGGGAUCCUCCGAAUGGGCACAAAUCCUGGCAGGUGAUCAUCUCCGCUACGGAUGAAGACGGCAGCGGACGGCAGUCGACAACGACGGUGAAUAUUAUACUGAACGAUACGAACGAUAACCCGCCGUUCCUGACGAACAAGAUGCCGGUUGUGUGGUACGAGAACCAGGAUCCCGGUCGGAUUGUGACGCUUACGGCAGACGAUUACGAUGAACCGCAGAAUGGGCCUCCGUUCCAAUAUGAGAUCUCGGACGGUGCGAGCGAUGACAUCAAGCAGAAGUUCCGGAUUGAUACGGAUGUGUUGUACGCGCAGGUGAGAUUUGAUCGGGAGCAACAGAAGGAGUACUUUAUUCCGGUUCUGAUCACGGAUAGCGGAAAGCCGCAACCAUUGAGCAAGGUCAGCAUUCUGCAUUUGGUGAUUGGAGACGUGAACGACAACGAGAUGCAGGACGGCGAGAGUAAGAUCUUCGUGUACAACUACAAGGGAGAAUCGCCGAAUGCGGAUAUUGGUCGGGUGUAUGUGGAUGAUUUGGAUGAUUGGGAUCUGCCGGAUAAGACGUUCAACUGGCGCGAUGGAUACAGCCCGGGUCAUUUCGAGCUGAACACGGAUACGGGAAUGAUAACGAUGCUGCAGGGAACUCGCGGCGGAGAUUACGAGCUGUUCUUCACGGUGACGGAGCAGUCUAGUUUCUUCCCGAGGCACUCGGUGUCGGCGAAGGUGCUGGUCACGGUUAAGGAAAUCCCCGAGGAGGCUGUGGAUAAGAGCGGGUCGAUCAGGUUUUACGGAAUCACGGCGGAGGAGUUUGUUUCGCGGAGUCCGUCGCUGUCGUUGACGCCGAAGGAUCGCCUGCAGAACAGCAUUGCGGAAUUGUUCAACAUCAGUCGAGAGAAUGUGGACGUGUUUACGGUGCUGCAGCGAGAUAACAAUGCUUCACUGUUGGAUGUUCGGUUUUCGGCGCACGGAAGUCCUUACUACGAACCUGAGCGGUUGAACGGCAUCAUCGGGUACAAUCAGCGGUCUUUGGAAGAGGAGUUCGGAUUGAAGAUGGUGAUGGUAAGCAUUGACGAGUGUAUCGAGGAGAAAGUUCGGUGUGAGCUGUCUUGUAAGAAUGUGUUGCACAAGUCGAAUGUCCCGAUUGCGGUGUACACAAAUACGAGUUCGUUCGUUGGAGUGAAUGCGUUCGUCCAGGCAGAGUGCGUUUGUGACGCUCCUCCGGUGGUGACAGAAUGCUUGAAUGGAGGAACUCCGUUCAACGACAAGUGCGAAUGCCUGGAAGGCUACGAGGGUCCACACUGUGAGAUAAUAUCGAUUGGGUUCUACGGCCACGGGUACGCGAUGUAUCCUCCGGUGAGUCCGUGCAACAUGACCAGGAUCAGUAUGGAGUUGACGCCGCAACGAGAAGACGGAUUGGUGAUGUACAUUGGACCGUUGAGCUACAACCCGCUGCUGCCGGUUCAGGACUUCCUGGCGUUGGAACUGGUUAAGGGCUUGCCUGUGUUGCUGUUGGACUACGGUACCGGAACGAUACGUAUUGAGCACAAACAUCGAUAUCCGCAGGGGCGUCCGUUCACUGUGGAGAUCGUGCUACAACCGCAGACUGUGGAGAUGAUCGUCGAUAACUGCAAACUGUCCACCUGUAUGAGUCUGGAUGCUCCCAAGGGUCCGAACGAGUCGUUGAACGUGAACGCACCACUGCAGUUGGGAGGGGCUGCUGUAAACCUAGAAUCGCUGGGAUCGAUGUUCAACUGGACAUACGUGCCGCAGGGUAAAGGCUUCUCGGGAUGUCUGCGCAAUUUGACGAUCAACGAUCGAACGUACAAUCUGGGGGCUCCUAGUCUGGCCAAGAACCACGAUCCGGGAUGCCACCGUUCGGUAGCCGUGGCUGUGUCGUUUGGAAUCGAUUCGAAUUUCCUGAUCGCGAUCAUUGUAUGCAUUGCGGUGCUGUUGAUCCUGUUGUUGGCCGUUGUCGUGCACAAGAAACACCAGGACGGAUGGCACGAGAAAGACAUGGACGACAUCCGGGAGACGAUCAUCAACUACGAGGAAGAAGGUGGUGGCGAACGGGACGCGGAGUAUGACCUGGCGGUUCUUCGGGCACCUCCGAUCUACAUGGACAAGCCGUACGGUAACGAUCUGCGACAGAAGGAAGCCAAUGAGGUGCCAGAUAUCGGGGCUUUCCUGACGGACAAGAAGGACGCCUGCGAUAGGGACGCUGAUGCGUAUCCGAUCGAUGACGUGCGGCACUACGCGUACGAAGGAGACGGCAACAGCUCCGGGUCGUUGUCCAGCUUGGCGUCCUGCACGGACGAAGGUGAUCUCAAGUUUAACUAUCUGUCCAGCUUUGGGCCACGGUUCCGGAAGCUGGCAGACAUGUACGGAGAGGAGCCGUCGGAUACGGACUCGAACGUGGAUGACGACGAAGGAUGGAGGAUAUGAGCCGGUCGAUGUGUAAGAGUUUAUGUAUUAAUAUAUAUUUGGUUUCGAUGGAACCAUCCGAAAGGUUCGCGCCCGAAGUUUUGUUGGAUUGUCCAGCUGUCGCGGAAGCCAAAGACUAGUUUUGGGUCGGUUUGGAACGCGGGAUACGUAGGAUACGAUACAAAUGUUUAGAUUUUUGUAUAUAUGAGUAUUCGCAGACGGAGAGAAAGUUUGAAUAAAUGAGUGAAAUUUGUUGAAUCCAACCGACCGAACCGUGCAGCGUUUUGGUAGAAUCCUAGGGUAGUAUGCUUUUAUCGGAUGACUCACAAAGCGGUCGUUUGGCCGUUCAUGUGGACUGGGGUAGAAUAGGGCGGAAGACGAAGCGUGCAGCUUAAAUACACGUGACCAAUCGGUGAGAUAUUGGUGCGCUUGGCGUGCUAGGGAGUUUCGUUUGUGGGCUGGUAUCCCCGAAAAAAAAUGUAUACAUGUAUGAUGCGAUAGCGAGAGACAUUCCUUUGUGUUUUAGAUACGUGCAUUUCUUGAUGAGUCAUUUUCAUUUUAGAAACAUGACUCGUCGCUUUUUCUAUCUAUAAGCGGUGUAGGGUUAGGUGCUCGAAUUACGCUUUGGUCGUUGUUGGUGGGGAAAACGUUCGGAGUCGUGCUAUGAGCGAUUGGAUGUAAUGAAGAAUGACAGCAAAGUCUUCCACCUGUAGACAUAAGCAAUUGAAAUCGUCAGGGUUCGUCGUCCAACGUACGAUUCCAGCGUGUGUCGUAUUGAAUUAAAACGUUUCCAGCACUAUUUAGCUGAAAGCAACCGUGUACAGUAAAACCAAAUCGACCAAAGCGCACUUUCGACCAAUCAAAUUGAGAAACAUGCUUAGAUUCGUUCGAACGAAAAAUGUACAUAACUUAAUCGAAGAGAAGAGAGACAGAGAGAUAACCACUGCCUUUGUUUGUCCGCUUAUUACCCGAAGCGGAAGCAAACAACAACAACAACACAAACACAGAUAUACCACAAAGUAUUUUGAGAUGCAUUUUCGGAUAGCUCUGUCUGGACUGGAACAGGAACAGACAAUUUGAUGUUAUAAUAGGAGGGGAACCGAAGAGAACUAGUGCAACACAGACUACAGACAGAAGAAAAAAAAACACGGAAACUCAAUAUUCAUAGAGCAGAACCGGUCGCACCAAUAUCUCACUCACAGGCAUCAUCACGCUGUAUAUGUAGUCAGUCAUAGAGGUGGAUAGGAGGAUGGUUUGAGGUUGCUUGGCGGGUCAUUCUCCUUCAUUGUCUUCGUACACACACGCAAUAUAGGCUGCUGCAGUAUUGCAAGACGACGACGAUGGUUAAUCAGCAACAGAAUCAUAAAACGUAAAGCAAUUCGAUUGUAUACCAUUUGCGGACAUAGGCGGCCCCAAUGGGUUUCUGGUUUGGGUCUUGGCCAACAUAUUUGCGAGUUUUGUAAGCUUUGUGUAUCAUUCUAAAAAAAUGUGCCUAAUAAUUUGAAUCCGUUGUUGCCAUUUUGAAAUUUCUGCCAAGUUUAUAAAGUCUAUGUUAUAAUAUCCCGAAGGAAUCCUUGGGUGAGUUUUGGCGACAUAUCCAAGGAAAUUUCUGGAGAAAUCUUUGCAGGAAUUCCAGAAGGAAUUACCGGAGAAAUUCCCGAAAAAAUGUCGAAAAAAUUAUGUUAUAAUUCCCGAAGAAAUCCUUGGAAGAAUUCUUGAAGGAAUCUUAGAAGGAAUUCUAGGAAAGAAUUCCCUGAAGGAUUUUUUGGAAGAAUUCCGGAAAGAAUUCGCGAAAAAAUCCUUGAAGGAAUUUCUGAAGGAAUCACUGGAGGAAUUCCCAAGCAAUUUCUGAAGGAAUUUAUCAAGGAAUCCCUGGAGGAAUUCUCGAAAGAAUCCCCGGAGGAAUUUCCGAAUAAAAGUCUGCAGGAGUUCCCGAAGGAAUCCCUGGAGGAAUUCUCGAAAGUAAUCUCUGGAGGAAUUCCCAGAGGAACCCCUGGAGGAAUUCUCGAAGGAAUCACUGAAGGAAUUUCAAAGGAAUCCCUGGAAGAAUACCCGAAGAAAUUCCUGGAGAAAUUCCCGAAGGAAUCUCUGGAGGAAUUCGCAAAGAAAUCCCUGGAGGAAUUCCCGAACUAAUCUCUGGAGGAAUUCGCAAAGGAAUCCCUAAAGGAAUUUUCGAAGGAAUUUCCGGAGGUAUUCCCGGUGGAAUCUCAGGAGGUAUUCCCGAAGGAAUCCCUGGAGGUAUUUCCGAGGGAAUCCCUGGAGGUAUUCACGAAGGAAUCCCUGGAGGUAUUUCCGAAGGAAUCCCUGGAGGUAUUCCCGAACCAAUCCCAGGAGGUAUUCCCGAAGGAAUCCCUGGAGGUAUUUCCGAAGAAAUCUCUGGAGGUAUUUCCGAGGGAAUCCCUGGAGGAAUUAACGAAGGAAUCCCUGGAGGAAUUCUCGAAGGAAUCCCUAGACGAAUUUCUGAAGGAACUCCUAGAAGAAUUCCCGAAGGAACUCCUGGAGGAAUGCCUGAAGGAACUCCUGGAGGAAUUCCUGAAGAAACUCCUGGAGGAAUUCCCGAAGGAAUCCCUGGACGAAGGAAUUCCUGGAGGAAUUCUCGAGGCAAUUCCUGGAGGAAUUCCCGAAGGAAUCCUUGGCGGAAUUUCCGAAGGAAUCCCUGGAGGAAUUCCCGAAUGAAUCCCUGGAGGAAUUCCUGAAGGAAUCCUGAAGGAAUUCCUGAAGGAAUCUCUGGAGGAAUCCCUGAAUGAAUUCCCGACGGAAUCCCUGGAGGAAUUCCCGAAAGAAUCCCUGGAGGAAUUCCCAAAGGAAUCCCUGGAAGAAUUCCCAAAGGCAUCCCUGAAGGAAUUCCUGGAGGAAUUCCCGAAGGAAUUCCUGGAGGAAUUCACGAAUUCAUGGAAUUUCUGAAAGAAUUUAUAAAGGAAUCUUUGGAGGUAUUCCAGAAGGAUUCCCAGGAGGAAUUUCCGAAGGAUUCCCUGGAGAAAUUCCCGAAUGAAUCCCUGGAGGAAUUCCUGAAGGAAUCCUGAAGGAAUUUCUGAAGGAAUCUCUGGAGGAAUCCCUGGAUGAAUUCCCGACGAAAUCCCUGGAGGAAUUCCCGAAAAAAUCCCUGGAGGAAUUCCCAAAGGAAUCCCUGGAAGAAUUCCCAAAGGCAUCCCUGAAGGAAUUCCUGGAGGUAUUCCCGAAGGAAUUCCUGGAGGAAUUCACGAAUUCAUGGAAUUUCUGAAAGAAUUUACAAAGGAAUCUUUGGAGGUAUUCCAGAAGGAUUCCCAGGAGGAAUUUCCGAAGGAUUCUCUGGCGAAAUUCCCGAAUGAAUCCCUGGAGGAAUUCCUGAAGGAAUUCCUGAAGGAAUCUCUGGAGGAAUCCCUGGAUGAAUUCCCGAAAGAAUCCCUGGAGGAGUUCCCAAAGGAAUCCCUGGAAGAAUUCCCAAAGGCAUCCCUGAAGGAAUUCCUGGAGGUAUUCCCGAAGGAAUUCCUGGAGGAAUUCACGAAGGAAUCCCUGUAGCAAUUCAAGAAGGAAUCCCUGGAGGAAUUUUCGAAGGAAUCCCAGGAGGUAUUCUGGAAGGAAUCCCUGGAGGUAUUGUCGAUGGAAUCCUUGGAGGAAUUUCCGAAGGAAUCCCUGGAGGAAUUCACGAAGGAAUCCCUGGAGGAAUUCCCGAAGGAAUGCCUGGAUGAAUUCCUGAAGGAACUCCUGCAGGAAUUCUCGAAGAAACUACUGGAGGAAUUCCCGAAGGAACUCCCGGAGGAAUUCCCGAAGGAACUCUUGGAGGAAUUCCCGAAGGAACUCCUGGAGGAAUUCCCGAAGGAACAGCUGGAGGAAUUCCCGAAGGAACUCCUGGAGGAAUUCCCGAAGGAACUCCUGGAGGAAUUCCCGAAGGAACUCCUGGAGGAAUUUCCGAAGGAAUCUCUCUAAGUAUUCUCGAAGGAACAGCUGGAGGAAUUCCCGAAGGAACAGCUGGAGGAAUUCCCGAAGGAACUCCUGGAAGAACUCCCGAAGGAACUCUUGGAGGAAUUCCCGAAGGAACUCCUGGAGGAAUUGCCGAAGGAACCCCUCGAAGUAUUCGCGAAGGAACACCUGGAGGAAUUCCCGAAGGAACUCCUGAAGGAACUCCUGGAGGAAUUCCCGAAGGAACUCCUGGAGGAAUUGUCUUGACAGGAAUUCCAAAAGAAAUUUUAUUAUUAUGUGUGUGAUACAUACAACCUGUUCAGCAUUUACAAAGCUUGCAAAUAAGCCCGUCGCUACCAAAUCCUAUGAAAUUCAAAAUCGUUUAUGUUCCCUAAUUCAUACGUACGAAAACAGCAGGGUGAAACUACACUUUAGAAUCAAUGAGCUGUAACUCAAAAGAAAACAUUUUCAUGAACACGGACUGUAAGACUUACUAAGCUUAAAAUAAAAUAAAAUGUAUAGAACAAUGCAAUCCCCCCAUCAUUGGAUAUAGUGAGUGAUUGGAACCGAGAUGCCUUAUUCCUGGAAGAAGGAUUACACAUUGGAAACGAUUUAGUCUUUUUUAAUUAAUUUAAAUGAAAACCCUAUUUUAAACGGAGCAACUCUAACUGUAAGGAAACGGAAAUCAAAUGCAUAUUUUUAACAAGAUGAAUAGUUUAUACACACAAAAACAGCGCAGAGAAGGGUUUCUUCCUCCGACGGAGGAGCAGACAGUAGAUUUUUUAAGAAAAAAAAGGCGAAGAAACCGCAUAAAUGAACUGUAUCACUAUUAUCGUAUUAGAAAAGUAGUUUAGAGUAGCAACUCUAUUAUGAAACGAGACAGCAACAAUCAUCAUCUCCUCUCGGUUUGUUAGAGAGGAAGGAAGACCGUGGAAUCGAGUAAAUGCGAAGAAUGUAUGUGAGCGAGAGGAUUUUAUUGGAAACAAAACAAAAAACUAUUAGGUACGAGAGUUUUUGAAUUGUUAUACAUAUUUUUACCACAAACAGUAAGUACAUACACAUCCGAAGACGUAUCGAAUUAUCCCGAAAAGCAAAUGAAAAUGAUAGGUUUUAGCAAUCCAAACUAUCCGCGAAAGAACAAGAAAAAAAGAGACAGACACAGAGAAAUAACGUGAAAAAAGUGAUCUUUAGACAAGCAAAUCGAUUAGACUUAAUUUUUAAUUUAUUUAAUUCGCGGGCGUAUGCCCCGCGAAGAAAAGAGAAGACUAAAGGCAAACUGUUGCAGCUAUACCCCAUUGUACAUUUUAUGCUCACAACACCGUGCGCAGAAGACACGCACGCCCCAACACGCGAAAACAAUACAAAGCAAUGAACCGGUAAUCACGGUGCGCUGGAACAGUUCGGUCUUUGGCCGCGAGCUGCCUUAUCUUUUCUCCCGUGUUCCGAGUCCGGUGGCACACCCUGUGGGUGCCUUUGUCUUUGGGCGAGGUGUGUUGUGUAUGUCUCUAUCAUCUGUCUCUCACAAGUGUAAUUCCAUUUUUUUUAAUUAGACUUUUAAAGAAACGAGAUGAAAAUAAAUGCUAAGCGAUUAAUUAAAAUAAAA